AUGAAAAUUCAAAAACCCUUCUUCCAAGGACGACGAGGGCACCGACGAGUCGUGUUCGGACAUCGACUACGUGAUUCGGAGGACGACGAGGUUAGUCCUAACACCGGCGACAAGUGUGGGCUACCUGCGGAUUGGUGGCCGAGGUCCACAGACCAAGUUGCAUUCCGACAAAAUCAGACUGCCGAGAUUGCAUUCCGACGACAUACGACCGUCAAGUACGAGGACGACAUUGAGACGACGACAGUCGAGUUCAUAGGAGGACUUGGGACCGAGAACGACUUGAGCACAUUUGGGUUGUGGGUUUCAUUUAGGUCUGGGUUUCUGUAUGGUUGUGAAGGCUAUCAAGACAUUAUCUACGUUUCUUGUUUUGUGUACCAUCCAAUAUAA